UCUCGUCUAUCUGUCUAGAGCCUCGCCAUGUCUCGUCUGACCGCUCUGAGUCAAGUCACGUCCCGCCUGGCGGUCCAGAGCCUCUCCAUGUUUCAUCAGACCUCCCAGUGCCUCGUCAUGUCUCGUCUAUUCGUCCAGAGCCAAGUCACGUCUCGUCUGACCUUCCAGAGCCGUGCCAUGCCUCGUCUGAUAUCCCACAAUCACGGCCUAUCAUGAUAGCUGGUGCACUGGACCCACCACAACCUCCCGCUGCUGCUCUUCCUUUAAUGGCGGUUGCCAUCUGGUGUGUAUGGGCUGCACACUGUGCCCCUGAGAUCACGUCUGAUCUCAAGUCUGCUCCAGAGGUCUCGUCCGGUCUCAAGUCUGCGCCAGAGGUCCCGUCUGAUCUCAAGCCUGAUCCUGAGCUCCUGUCUGAUCUCAAGCCUGCUCCAGAGCUCCCGUCUGACCAGGAGACAGACCCAGAGGCCUCACCAGUCGGAGAAGCCGCGCCAAUGCCUCCUGAGGUGUCAGCUUUGGCUGUGGAUCCUCCCAUGGAGGCGGCGUCCCUCUACAGACUCUCUGCUUCUCCCCAUACUCUUUCUACCUCCUCUGUCUCUGCUGUUUCCAGGUCCCAGGCCAUAACGCGGUUUCCUGCUCCGCCCCAGCUCCCGUCUGGUCACAAGCCUGUUCCAGAGUUCCCCUUGGUCAGAGAAGCUGCGCCAAUGCCUCCAGAGGUGCCAGCCGUGACUGUGGAUCCUCCCUUGGAGGUGGCGCCCCCCUACAAGCUCUCUGCUUCUCUCCCUACUCUGUCUGUCUCCUCUAUCUCUGCUUUCCCCAGGUCCCAGACCGCUCCCCCUGGACGCUCCGCCUCCUGGUUCCUGUUCCGCCUGGGAG